AUGCCAUUCCUAGAGUAUGGCCUUGGAUUUGCUGGUUUAAUUCCUCUAUGCCGUGUAUUUGCAUUGCUGUUAGCAUCAGAUGACUGGCAUGGGUGUGACCUCAAGUGGGGUGAAGAACACGUCCCUAUCCAGCCAUUAGAUAGUUCUCAAGUGCGAGUGAACAGUGAAUCAAUGAUCUUCACAAAAUUGUCCAACAAUUAUAUGGGUCCAAUGUUAAGUGGUGACAACACCAGUCAACCAAUGGACAACUCAACGGGUUAUGCAUUCAUACUCUGCGAUGGAACCAACUUUUACAUGGAUGUUUCAAUUAACAAUCAUAAUGACACUGAAGGCCUCGUUGAUGGGGUUAACAAUGCUGCACUCUUUCGGCCUCCAUGGGAGAGGAGCGUUGCUGAGUUGGUUGGUAGAUAUUCUCCAAAAUACCGCCACGAUGUCUCCACUUUGUUGCUUGAAUCGUACUCUGAGAUGGGAGCAUUUCCACACGAGUAUGAAUCCGGUGGAUUGGCCUGUCGAACUCAUAUGAAUCGGGUGAUUAAUAUUGCAAAUAGAAACACUAGCCAAGUAUUUCUUAGAAGGGAUGGGAUAUCUGCACUCGAAUUUGACAGCAAGGGGGUAUAUGUCGCCUCGGUAACAAAAUCUGGGUGUCUAACAGUUCAUGACUUUGAAACUCUCUAUUGCCUCAGCAAUGGCUCGUCUCCAUAUUUGAAGGAAGAUGACACAAAACACUUGCUUCACCUUUCUAUGAACCAACAACUUGAUGUUGUUCGAUGGAAUAUUGCAAACCAAGACGAGGUUGCUUGCACAUCGGUGCAAAGCAAUGAAGUUCUUAUAUUUGAUAUUGGCUAUGUCUCUUCCGAACCAGUUGAAGUGUUAAGGAAGAGGCCUGCUGUCACUGUGCAUGGAUUCGAAGUACCCAGAGGCUUAUCUGAUAUUUGUUUUGCUUCGUCGGACAAGUCAAGUUUGCUUGCAUCUGAUAUGAGCAGAGCUAUCAACCUAUGGGAUAGGCGAGUGAGCAACCUUCCAUGUCUGGAGCUUAGUACUAAUUCCCGGAGCAAUCUUAACAGUAUCCAGUUGAAUGUGGAAAAUCAAAUUGUUUUUGGAGCUGGUAAAAAUGGAAUUAUCUAUGCUUGGGAUCUUCGUGGAGAAAGAACAUCUUGUGCCUUUCAGAGUCAUAAAGAGGUAUCUCAUUCUCCCUAACAUCUUGGAAGCUUGCAUUGCUGUUGGAAGGAAUUGGAUCAUUGAAGGUCUGGUGUUCUGGAUACUAAUAACUUUCAAGUCACACAUGCAUUGCCC